ACCGCCGAAGGAUGAACGGAUAUCACAGGGCCCUAUGGAGGGCCCUGCAUCUAGGGCUCACUCUGACCCUGGCUAUUGGACUUGCGGCCGCACAGAGUAUAUCUCAGCACAACUUAGACACAAAACAGUAUUCGCCUGUACGGCACACAGUUCACACCGAGAAACAGAGGUAUGACGGAUGGUAUAACAAUCUCGCGCACCAGGAUUGGGGAGCCGUCGAGAGUCAACUGGUGCGGAAGGCUCCAUCUUCGUACGCAGACGGAGUUUACAUGAUUGCCGGCGAGGACCGGCCCAGUCCUCGGAUUCUAAGUCAGGCACUGAUGAAAGGCGAGGAUGGUUUGCCCUCAGUGCGUAAUCUAACUGUUCUCUUCGUUUUCUUCGGCCAAAUGAUAUCUAGUGAAGUGCUUAUGGCCAGCGAGCCUGGUUGUCCAAUUGAGUUCCAUCGCAUAAAAAUCAAUCGGUGUGACGAAAUGUAUGAUAAAAAAUGCCGCGGCGAGAAGUUCAUGCCUUUCCAUCGAGCCAUAUACGACGCCAAGACGGGUCAGUCACCGAAUAACCCGAGAGAACAGAUCAACAUGGGAACGUCGUGGAUAGACGGCAGCUUCGUUUAUUCAACAUCGGAGACGUGGGUGAACACGAUGAGAUCGUUCAAAAACGGUACUUUUCGUACAACCGAAGGCAAGUUGCCCCCGCGAAAUAGAGAGAGGGUUCCACUGUUUAAUUCGCCACCCGCCCGCUACCUGGGCAUUAUGAAUCCAGAGAGAAUGUUCAUUCUCGGAGAUCCUCGGACGAAUCAGAAUCCCGGGAUCUUGGCUUUUGGCAUACUUUUCCAUCGCUGGCACAAUGUUCUCGCCAAGAGAGCGUUCAGGGAUCAUCCCGAUUGGAGCGAUGAGGAAAUCUUCCUCUACGCAAGACGUUGGGUCAUCGCGUCGUUACAGAACAUCAUCAUGUACGAAUACGUGCCCACACUUCUCGACGAGCCUGUUUCUCCUUACCGUGGCUACAAGCCCGACGUGCAUCCAGGGAUCAGCCACGAGUUCCAGUCUGCUGCGUUCCGUUUCAGUCAUACCUCGAUCCCGCCGGGACUGUAUCGAAGGACCGCUAAUUGCACAUUCCCGAAAACCAGGACGGGCCGAAGCGCGAUGCGAAUGUGCUCAACGUGGUGGCUGUCCGAGGAAGUGCUUCUCGAAAAUGGCAUCGACGAACUUCUGAUGGGAAUGUCGUCACAAAUCGCCGAGAAAGAAGAUCACGUCAUGUGCUCGGAUGUUCGAGACAAGUUGUUCGGUCCGAUGGAAUUCAGCCGCAGAGAUUUGGCGGCAUUGGAUAUUAUGCGUGGACGUGACAGCGGUCUACCGGACUACAACACCGUACGGAAAUACUUCAAUCUCGAUCCCGUAUUGGACUGGCAAGCCAUCGGUGGAAAGCUCAAAUCUGCAAAUCAAGAGCUCAUCGAGCGAUUGUACACGCUCUACAAGGGUAACUUGAAUAAUAUCGAUCUCUUCGUCGGCGGGAUGCUCGAGUCGGAGGGCGGUCGACCGGGAGAGCUCUUCCGGAAGAUCAUCAAGGAACAGUUCGAGCGGAUUCGGGAUGCCGACAGAUUCUGGUUCGAGAACACCAACAACGGUCUAUUUACGAGGGAAGAAAUCGAGAACAUUAGGAAAAUCACGUUGUGGGACGUCAUCGUCAACGCCUCCGACAACAUUUCUCCCGAAGCCAUACAGAGGAACGUGUUCAUCCACGGUGAAGGCGAUCCUUGCCCUCAGCCAGCGCAGAUCAACAGCACCGUCCUUGAACCAUGCAUGAUACUCGAAGGCUGGGAUUACUUCCGAGGAAACGAAGUUGUUUACAUCUACUGCUGCCUAAUUUUGGCUUUCAUCCCAAUUAUUUGUGGGAUGGCCGGCUACGGUGUCAUCAAACUGCAGAACAAACGUCGACGGGACAUCAAAAAGAAGGACAUUGUCAAGAAAGGAAAAGCCCAGGAUAAGCUGUAUGUCAAGGAAUGGCUGCACCAGAACCACAAGCGAUUUGUCAAAGUCAAGAUCGGACCGGACGAGAGCGUUUAUACUGUCAACCGGAAGGGCGAGGUGCUGCGCAAAGUCUCGUUCUCGAGCGUUCCUCAGCUCAUCGUCCAGGUCACCUCGGACACGACCCGGAAGCCGAUGUGUCUGAUCAGGAGUCCAAUGGAUCAUGACUUGGUUCUCCAAUUCGACUCGGAGCAUUCUCGGAAGAAAUUCCUGAGCAAGUUGGAGAAAUUCUUGGUGGAUCACAAGAAGACCAUGGAAUGCAUGAGCACGAGCCGCGAAUUGAUGCUGGCCAAUGCCGAGACGAAGGAGAAACGCCAGAAGCGUCUCGAGCACUUCUUCAGGGAAGCUUACGCUCUAACCUUCGGACUCAAACCUGGCGAGAAACGCAAACUUGAACAAGUUGGAAACGACGUCAUCAUGGUAAUGCGGACCUCGUUGUCUAAGAGAGAGUUCGCGGAGGCCCUGGGCAUGAAACCCGACUCGCUAUUCGUCAAACAAAUGUUCAACUGCGUCGACAAGGACAAGGACGGUCGAAUUUCAUUCCAAGAGUUUCUCGACACGGUCGUACUCUUCACAAGGGGAAAAUCUGAGGAUAAAUUCCGGAUCAUCUUCGAUAUGUGUGACAACGACGGCAACGGCGUCAUCGACAAAGAGGAGCUCACGAAGAUGCUGAGAUCGCUCGUCGAUAUCGCCAAGGCCAAUUCCUUGACGGAACACCAGACCAUGGAAAUCAUCCAGGGCAUGUUCGCGACUGCUGGACUGGAAAAUAAGGAUCGACUCGACUACGAUGACUUCAAGGCAAUCAUGAAGGAAUAUCGUGGAGACUUCAUCGCCAUCGGACUCGACUGCAAGGGAGCCAACCAAAACUUCCUGGACACAUCAACGAACGUUGCUCGUAUGACUUCUUUCCAAAUCCCUCAGAACUAUGAGCCGCGACCUUCGAAGAUGGUUCAAAAAUGGAAUGAGAUCGCGACUUUCCUCGAGGAGAACCGCCAGCACAUAUUCUACCUGUUCGUUUUCUACGUCACGACGUUCGUUUUAUUCUUCGAGCGCUACUUCUAUUACGCCUAUCAGGCAGAGCAUAUGGAUCUGCGUCACGUUAUGGGGGCGGGAAUCGCCAUUACCAGAGGUUCGGCGGCAUCUCUAUCAUUUGCCUACAGCGUGCUACUCCUGACGAUGUGCAGAAACCUGAUUACGAGAGUUCGAGAAACACCGAUCCAGCAGUACAUACCGCUCGACUCGCAUGUGCAGUUCCACAAGAUCGUGGCGUACACCGGAGCGGUAUUUUCCUUCAUCCACACGGUCGGCCACUACAUCAACUUCUACCAUGUCUCGACCCAGCCGGCGGAGCACCUGAGGUGCAUGACGAAGGAGAUGCAAUUCGACUCGGACUUCAAGUCGCAGUUCUCCUUCUGGGUGUUCCAGACGAUAACCGGGACGACCGGACUCAUGCUCUACGUCGUGCUAAGCGUGAUUUACGUGUUCGCCCACCCGAGGAUCCGUCAGAAAGCCUACAGCUACUUCUGGUCCACCCAUAAACUCUACUAUCUAUUCUACAUUCUGUGCCUUCUCCACGGACAAGCCAAGUUGACCGGGAGUCCCCGGUUCUGGAUCUUCUUCAUAAUCCCAGGAAUCUUUUUCGUACUCGACAAGGUCGUCUCUCUCCAAACCAAGUUCAUGGAGCUCGAGGUCCUCAAAACCGAUCUGCUGCCCAGCGAUGUGACGAAGGUCAAGUUUGCGCGGCCCCCGAGCUUUAAAUAUCUUUCCGGUCAAUGGGUUCGCAUAUCAUGCACCGGAUUCCGGUCAAACGAGUACCACUCCCUGACGCUCACAUCAGCGCCGCACGAUAACUUCCUCUCGGUCCACGUUAAGGCCCAGGGCCCAUGGACGUGGAAGCUCCGAAACUACUUCGAUCCAAACAACCUGCCCGAGCGUGCCGCUCCCAAGAUCCGUCUCGAGGGGCCCUUUGGAGGUGGAAACCAAGAUUGGUACAAAUUUGAGGUAGCCGUAAUGGUGGGAGGCGGCAUCGGAGUGACCCCGUACGCGUCCAUCCUCAACGAUUUGGUUUUCGGAACUUCGACCAAUCGAUACUCGGGCGUCGCCUGCAAAAAGGUUUACUUCCUCUGGAUCUGUCCGUCCCACAAGCACUUCGAAUGGUUCAUAGAUGUUUUACGGGACGUGGAGCGUAAGGACGUCACGAACGUCCUCGAAAUACAUAUUUUCAUCACGCAGUUCUUCCACAAGUUCGAUCUUCGAACCACAAUGCUGUACAUUUGCGAGAACCACUUCCAACGGAUUUCGAAUCAUUCGAUGUUCACCGGACUGAAGGCUAUCAAUCAUUUCGGCAGACCCGACAUGACGGCGUUCCUUCGUUUCGUGCAGACUCAACACGCGUAUGUGAGCAAGGUCGGCGUUUUCUCUUGUGGACCAACGGCGCUCACCAAAACGAUAAACGCGUCGGUGGAGACCGUCAACACAGCGAGGAAAUUACCCUAUUUCAUCCACCACUACGAGAACUUCUAGGCGAAAAACCAAUUGUAAGACUCGUGGCCUGGUCUUGCCAGAAACACUAAAUAUCCUCCGCGUCGCCGAGUCGUCUGGAACAUUAGUUCAUUCAGUUCCAGAGGAAUAUCUAGUUCCCUCCCGGAACGUUAGCUCUCGAAAACACCAGAGAAGGGAGCUGCGCUGUUU